CUAACCUUUACUAACAUUUCAUCUAUUCAUCAUUUAUUAAAUCUACUGGCCUUUAUUUAGAAAGAUCUUUUAAAGAGCAUAUUUGUAUAGAGUGGUGGAACCUAUGCUCACGGUAUUUUGUACAUAUAUAAUCUUUUUAAGAAGCAAGAAAAAAUUAUUAUUUCGAUUUGGCUAUGCAAAAACAUAAAGUUAUCCUCCUUUUAUUGAAACAUAUUGUUGAUGUGUGUCAUCACGGGACUUAGUCGUCUUGUGAGCUAUUGACACGGCAUACGUGAAAAGGUGAAAAUUCGCCCUGAAGGGAACCUGUGCUGGCGGUAUGUUAUAUCGAUUAAACUAAGGGCGAAACAAAAUUCAGCAGGCUAAAAAUGAACAAACAAGCAUAUGCGAAUAUAAUAUUUAGAACAUUACUCAUUUAUUAUGUGAAAAACAAAAGAAAUGAGGAUAAAAUUUAGUAUGUACCUCUAUGUGUAUAUUUCCCUUACAGAAAUGGAGUCGCUAUUAGAACAAAGCUUAAAAACGUAUGAUAAUGUUAUUUAAAAACAGAAUGUUCAAGUAUUAAAGAUUCAAACAACGACAGUGAUUAACUCACUAAUGUUUUCUACACUUCUUUUGUGUGUAGGAAAUUUACUCCUCCCUACAUCUCUGAAAGAACCAUUUGGACUUUGUCAAAAUACUAAGAUCAACAUCGAUCUUUUCAUGGUUCGAAAGGCACUCGUAGUGUAGCCAGGCGUCACAUUCAUCACAUCUUGCUCUUAAAUGUAUCUUAUAUCUGAAUGUAAUGCAUGAUUUCUAAAAAACUAACUUUAGUUGAGCGAUUUUGACAUAUUUGUGUGAGAUUUGUGCGACGGAUAUAGAUUGCGUAAAAUGUAUCGGCUGCUGUAUACGUCACGUGAGCGGCACGCGCGGCUAUCGCUACGUUUGUUGUAAAGGCAUUUCACCACUGGUCGGUGUUGAACAUAGCAUGAUGAAAUAUUUUUAUCAGUGCUUCUGCAGAGAGUGUAUUUAUUGAAAUACUGCGAGCAUAGGAAUACCGCGAGCAUAGGUUCCACCACUCUACAUAGCCUGUUGAAAGCCGGCUUAUUGGUAGCCAGACGGGUAUUCCUGUAAAUCCCUGAAAUAUGUGAAAUUUAUUUGUGUGUGUAUCCCAUUUAUCAUCCAUGAUGGUGUCUGACUGAAAAAAAAAAAUUAAGGAAAAAUCUGGCUCUUUUCCUUUAUAUUUUGGAUUCUGUAAAAUCAUACCUUUAAGUAGCAGUUAGACAGAAUGGUAGUGUUUAGUAUUAGAUCAUAGGCUAGUUUUGUGCUUUGAAAUUUAGCGGUAAUAACAAACUUCAGUUGGUGAAUUUGUGGUAUGUUGUACACUUGGUGAAGAAUUUCAUUGGUAAAGGGGACAGGCAGUACCAAAUUCAUAUUCAAAGAAAAUAUAUUUGGUAUUUUUGAAGGAACAGUUUUGUUUGCUUGAACAAGGUAGCCACUUGUUAUAUUUUUUAUGUUAGAUUUACUUUGAAAAAGUAAUUCUGACAUAAGUAUUGAGAAAUAUUUGAGCUACAGAGUGUUGCAAAACCUGAAUUUUCGGAAUUUUAGUACAAUUGUCACUUUUUGUGAAAAGUGAAAGAGUGCGGUCAUAACUCUGGAUUGACGGUUAUUUUUCUGAAGAAAAGAAGUUACAUUGAAGCUGUGUGUGCAGUAGGUGUUCAAGAAUGAACAAGGAGAGGUAACUUGAAAUUUGAAAUUGUAUGAAAUAAAAUAAAUUUCAUAGUGUUGUGUUGCUUUAUCAAAAUUUUCUGAAACUUAUUCAAAGAAUUGAAUUUACAGGUGUUGUACUAUUGCGAUAGUAUAUAUAUUUGUAGAUUCUUAUCCAGUAUUUCCAAAAUUUUUUUUAAGAAAUGUAUGGUGUACAUUGUGGACAUCUAUGCAAAUUCUGAUUUUCAGGUUUGAAUACCUUGUGUUCAUGUUUUGAAAAAGGAAUAGCACUUGUUUGUGUCCUUCAUAUUAUAUGGUGUACAAUAGUUGCCAUUGUGAAACAAUAAAUGUAUAGUGUAGUGUUUUGACCAUUUCAGUUGUGUAUAUGAUUUCUUAGUACUCUCAAGUGAUUGAUACUACGGAAGCUGUGAAUAACCACGGAAACUUUUGAAAUUUAGGUUCAUGUGUUACAGUGUCCGUUAUAGUAUGGUGUACCAGUAAAGAUAUUGGUGUACCUGUUGAUAAACCUGAAUUUUAUGUAACGUGUUUUCAAUUUUGAAAAAAAAAAUUGAAAUAUAUUUUUAGAAAUUUUGUAUGGUAUCUUAGAGUAACCAUUUCAGCUCUACAGUGUAUGGUGUACCAGUAAAGACAUAGGUGUACCUGUUGAUAAACACGAAUUUUAUGUAACAAGUUUUCAAUUUUGAAAAAAAAUAUUUUAAAUAUAUUUUUAGAAAUUUUGUAUGGUGUUUUAGAGUAACCAUUUUAGCUCUACAGUGUACGGUGUACCAGUGCAGACAUUAAUUGUCAGGGUUCUAGCCAGGCUAUUAUCGCCUGUCGCGUGCGACAUGCCUUCAGGCUUUGAGUUGUAUAUUCGACAUCCCUUUUUUCCCCCGUCAUCCCUUAAUUGCUAAAGCGACAUGUCUUAAACGCAUUCCAAUAACACCUCGAUUAAUCCGAUAGUGUAUUGGAAAGUUUACCACGUGCUCACCCGAUAGUUCAGGUAAAGCGAUGUCAGUUAAGAUAUACGAUAAACCAAUGACAGCUUCCUAUGUAGAAACGUGUGACGUAAAUUUCAUCAUAGCUCCGCCUUUAAAUCCUUUGACAGACGGUAUCUUGUGAUGUGUAUACAUGAAAGUGUUUUAAGAUUUUUUAUGUUAUCAGAAAUGACAGAUGACUUUCAACAAUUAUUGUCCGAAUGUUUUUCGCAAUCAAGAAAAGACAAUGGAAGGUACUAAGUCAAAAAUUGUGCAACACGUUAAAAUGAUUUUGAUCAAUUCUCGGCGUAAUAUUAAUGUUUUUCUCAUGUAUGAAUUGUGUUUUCUCGGGUGGAAUAUCGAAAAGACCAUCAUGAAUGCCAGAAUUAAUGUUUUCUGUCGUCACUUUCAAAAUAGAACUUGUAGAGAAAAGUUUGAAAUAUUGUGGAUGUAUUACGUAAUAACUGAUAAUGCCUGGAAAUAAACGUAAAUCAGAGAGUGGGACAUUGUUAAAUAUGAACUAUUUCAAGAAGAACAGUUAUAGUGACUCGGUAAUAGAGGAGAGGAGACAGUGAGAUGUGAAAAGCGAGACGAAUCUGUGAAUGACAUUCUUCCUGGACCAGGUACACCAGAGAAAACGGUCACAAAUUCAGAAUCCCACCCAGCCACGCUGGAUGACCAAAGGAAAUCAGGCAUUGAUCCAAAAUGGAAACAAGCGUUUCCCUGGAUGACAGUUCUCAGAGAACGGCCAAGGUAUGUUGUGUUCAGUAUGUGUAAAGCACCAGAGAAGGCCAAAGAAGUGUACUUCAAUAAGGCGAUCAUCUUUAGUAAAUCAUAAGGACUCAGACUCGCACAAGAAAGCAGUGGUAUUUGACAUUGCAGAAGCAAAAACAGGUGGGGGGACCGAGGCUAGUUUUGUGAGGGAAGAAAACGUGAACCGUGAGGCAAUUACAGCAUCUAUGACACUGCUUUACUUUCCUUGAUGGAGGAAAUUCCCCACACCACCAAGCACAAACCUUUAGUUGAUGUAGCUAAGACAUUAUGAGUGGAUGUUCUAAAUAGUUUGGAGAAGGGGGAUAACACCAAGUACACAAAAUUGAUAAGUUUACGUUGUCAUUCAGCAAAUAAAUUCCACAGGAACAGAAGACUGAAACUUUUAAUGUGCAGUGCUAAAACUGUGUCGUUGUAAGUAAAAUAAAUAGUGAACAUUUUCAGAAACUUAAAAUGGUUAGGUUUACAUUGUCAUUCAGCAAAUAAACUCCGGAGGAAUUUUUUAUGACACGUACAUUAUCUCUAUUUGUUCUUGUUGAGCAUGUAAAUGAUGCUUAUUAAACAUUGAAAAUAACACUGUGUUUUUCACUCUGAAAUGCACCAGAAUGCACCAAAAGAGUUGCAGUAAUACAAAAUUUUCUGAUGACAAGAAGGAUGGUACUUUAAACUUGAAAGGGCCUCUAUCGAAGGGCAGAUAGACAGCCAUGGUAGUAUUAGCCCUAGUUCUGUGUCCUUUGUUGGACAUUCAAAUGAGACAGUUAUUAUUGUAAAUGGUAAGAGAGUGGGAGCAUUAAUUGAUACAGGGUCAAUGGUUACUACGCUUUCCCAAUCUAGUUUCUCUUCUCUUGUACCUAAACCACAGUUACAUGCUUUGUCUGAUUUUAGCCUUGAUAUUACAGGGGCUAAUGGUUCCAAGGUACAUUAUGUUGGGUAUAGUGUAUUAGACAUUUCCAUCCCUGAUGUUGAUCUCUCUCCAUUUUCAGUCCCAGUGUUGAUUGUCCCAGAUACAAGGUAUUCUUCUGUCCCCAUGAUAGUGGGUACAAAUGUUGUCACUCAUGUAAGGUCUUCAGGUGUUUCAGGUUUUCCUGCUGCAUUGCAAAAUGCCUUUGCUUCUCUGGCCGGAGAUCAUAUUGUACCAGUUACAUCCAUGAAUGAGAAAGUUAUUGUCGUGAAACCCUUCGAGACUACAACCAUUACCAGAAAUGCAUGGUCAGAAGGAAACAUGACUGCAGGUGUAACAGAAGCGAAUGAUUCCUGUACUUUGAACAUCUGUCUGAGACUUGUUAAAGUCACUCCCGGUACUUCUUUUUCUAGGAUACCGAUGCGUAUUUGUAACAUUACGGCACAGCUGUUGUCUAUUUUUCUGAGGUCUACACUUUGUAAUCUCCAGGAUGUCGCGGUGGUUCGAACCAUUGAUCCUUUGGAAGGUCAUACUUCCAAGAGUCACAACCAAGAAAAAUCUCUUGAUGAUCUUGGUAUUUCUAUUCCUUUUGAUACUCUUUCAAAAGGUCAACGUGAUCAGGCUAGAACUUUUAUCAGUAAUUGGAAACACAUUUUUUCUUCAGGUCCUACUGAUCUAGGUUGUACCAACUUGGUCGAGCAUGAGAUUAAACUCUCUGAUCCCACUCCUUUUAAAGAACCAUAUCGCAGGAUACCGCCAGGCAUGUUCGAGGAAGUUAGAGAACACUUGAAGGACAUGUUGGAAGCAGAUGCCAUCAGACCAUCACAGAGUCCCGUUUCUUCCAAUAUAGUCUUAGUCCGGAAGAAGGACGGCUUUCUACGGUUCUGUAUCGACUACUGAAAAUUGAACAAUCGAACCAUUAAAGAUGCCUACGCCUUACCCCGGAUUGAGGAAACUAUUGAUUCUUUGGUUUGUUCUCACUUCUUUUCCAAACUUGACCUACGCGUUGGUUAUUGGCAGGUUGCCAUGAAGGAAGAGGACAAGAAGAAAACUGCUUUCCAGGUUGGGCCUUUAGGUUUUUCGAAUGUAACCACAUGGGAUUUGGACUUACAAAUGCACCAGCCACUUUCCAACAUCUAAUGGAGCGCUGCGUGGGCGAGCUCACCUUAAAGACUGUCUUAUCUAUCUCGAUGAUAUUAUCAUCUUUUCUGACACUAUUGACUCUCACUUCCGCCGUCUUGAAGCUGUAUUCCAACGCUUGGAAAAGGCUGGUUUGAAGCUGAAAGGUUCUAAGUGUGAGUUCUUCCAAACUCCAGUGAAAUAUCUUGGCCAUGUUGUAAGCAGAAAUGGAGUCGAGACAGAUCCAGACAAGCUCAAAGUUCUUAAGGAGUGGCCAGUCUCUACAAGUAUCAAGGAACUUAGAAGCUUUCUGAGUUUUGCUGGGUAUUACCGUCGUUUUGUCCCUGGAUUUUCCCAGAUAGCCAAACCAUUAAAUGACCUCCUAGUUGGUCACCCUACCAACAAGAAGGCUAAAUCGUCCAAACCUGCUGCACCUUGGACAUGGGGUCAGAAGCAACAGGAUGCUUUCAGAUUGUUGAUUGACAAACUGACAUCACCUCCCGUCUUGGCAUAUGCUGACUAUUCUAAACCUUUUAUUUUGAACGUAGAUGCCAGUUGCAGUGGUUUAGGUGCAGUUCUCUACCAGGAGCGUAAUGGCAAGGAGCGUGUGGUUGCUUACGCCAGCAGAGGGUUACGAGGGAACAAGCGCAAUUACCCUGCUCACAAGUUAGAGUUUUUAGCCCUUAAAUGGUCCAUCUGUGAUAAGUUUCAUGAUUAUCUCUAUGGCAAUUCUGUAAAAGUCCAUAUAGACAACAAAAUAGAGAAAAGUGGAAACUUCACAGGUUGCUCAACACGACAAAUACGAAAAUGUUGCACCCUUUAACUUACGUCUUUUCAACGGCAAAGUUAGAUGCCAUGAGUCACAGGUGGUUAGCUGCCUUGUCUGCAUAUGACAUCCAGAUCCACUAUCGCUCUGGAAAACAGAAUUUGGAUGCUGAUGCUCUUUCCAGGCUUCCCAAACCAGACACCAAUGACACUAUUUUGUUUUCAGAUGCCAUCAAAGCUCUUUUGCAGGCUCAUUCUUCUGUCUCUGAGGCAUUACCUGCAAUGGAAUGUGUUUCUUUUGCACAACAGGUACUUAGAGAUAACCCUCCAGAUGACAAUUCAGUUGGCACCAGUUUACAAGCAGUUGAUUGGAAGGAGGAACAGGCUAAGGAUCCUGCCAUUUCUAGAGUAAUUGAGAUUUUCAGGGCCGGUCACAGGUUAACUGAACGCUAGAGAGCAAGUGAACCAAUGACUGUUAGAAGGUACUUGCGGGAAUGGAAUUCUCUGUUUUUUUAAAGACGGUGUUGUUUAAAGGAAAGGCUCUAUGAGUGGUUUUGACGUCCAUCAGUUGAUUUUGCCAGAGUGUUUCUACGAUAAAGUUUUCCAUGGCCUUCAUGAUGAAGCUGGACAUCAGGGCCGGGAUCGAACCAUCAGCUUGCUGAAGUCUCGUUUUUAUUGGCCCCAAAUGGACCAGUUUGUUGAGCACCGUAUCCGUAAUUGCUCAAGGUGUAUUCGCAGGAAAGCUUUAGAUAGAAAUGCUGCCAAACUUGUUUCUGUCAAGCCCCAUUACCCAAUGGAACUUGUCUGUAUGGACUUCCUUUCUCUUGAGAUGUCUUCUGGUGGUUUUGAGAAUAUUCUAAUCAUUACCGACCAUUUCACUCGUUUUUCUCAGGCUUUACCAUCUAAAAACCAGACAGCCCAUACUACUGCCAAACUUCUUUUCAACUCUUUCAUUUCCCAUUAUCGUUUUCCUAGUAGACUUCACAGCGACCAAGGGAGGAAUUUUGAGAGUGAUGUUAUCCGAGAACUCUGCAAACUGGCAGGUGUGGAGAAGACGAGGACCACACCAUACCACCCUCAAGGGAAUGGAGAGGUUCAACGAGACUCUGCUCAACAUGCUUGGCACGCUUGAGGAGGAGAAGAAGUCUAACUGGAAGGCACAUCUCCCAACCAUGGUCCACGCCUUCAACUCAACCAGACAUGACUCCACUGGUUUUACCCCUCAUUUUCCGAUGUUUGGUCGUCAUCCCAGGCUAGCCAUAGAUGCGGUUUUGGGAAUUGAGCCAGACAAAGGUGACACCAAAGACAAGUCCAGUUACGUCUCCGGUUUGAAGAGUAGGCUCCAUUUCGCCUACAAGUUGGCCUCCAGGGAAGCCAGGAAACAAGGACGUCGACACAAGAAGAGGUAUGAUCUCCGUGUCAGAGAAGCAAAGUUGGAAGUUGGAGAUAGGGUUCUUGUUCAUAAUGUCGGCAUUAGGGGUAAGAAUAAGCUUGCCGAUAGGUGGGAGAGAGACGUCCAUGUAGUCGUUGAUCAGCCCAAUCCAAAUCUCUCGAUAUAUAGUGUGAAACGGGAACAUGGCCAAAGUCAUCCUAGACUACUCCGUCGCAACCUCCUCCUCCCAUUUAUGGGUAUCCCCUUACAAGUCCCUGCUUCCAAACAAACUACUACUUCCUCUGUAACAAAUGUUUCAGGUAAUUAUGAUAUUCCAGGCUCUGAACAGCAAGUGCUGGACAAUCAGGAACCAUAUCAACCAACAGAUAACGCUGUACUGGAUCCAUCAAAUUGUUCUAACCAUGUUUCUUUUUCAGAUUCUAAUAAUACUCAGAAGGACCCUGUUUCAACAAUUACUAAUAAAUACAUCAUACCUGCUCUUAGGUCUUUGAAUCCUGCAGCACAGCCAUUUCAGCCAAGGGCAGUCAGAACUAGGGUUAAGCCAAAAUGGAUGACAUCAGAUGAUUGGCAUUUAAGUUAGUUUUAAAAUGGAAUAGUUCACUUCUUUUUCAGAGUAUUUUUACAGUGACCAGGAAUGUUUUAAUGUUUUAUGGAUCAGAUUUUGGAAUUGUGAUUUCAUGUAAAUAUAUAAUGCGUCGACUGAUUUUUGUAUACAUUAGAGUUGACCAUGUACAUGUAUUUUUGGUCAUUUUGUGCAUCCUUGAAUAUUUGUAUUUAUUUAUCUGUGUAAUGCAAAGAUGCAUUGCCUGGAUAGCCUUAAUUUUACAGUAAUCUGUUAUUAACACUGUAUUCACAUUAAAUAGGUUGAGCUCGCCUAUUGUGAAAUGUGCUUAACAGCAUAUUGAAAUAUAUUAUGUUCUAUGAAAUUUUGCACCGAGUGUACAAUUAUCACAGCUUGUGGGCUGACGUCUGCUUCAUUUUUUUUCUUUUUGAGUAUUAUUACUGCUCUUAAAGGUAUAGAUUGAAAUGAGAAUUUAAAAUGUCGGGACGACAUUUCCCUAAGAGGGGGAGUAUGUCGCAGGGUCAGAUACCCACUUUAUUUUUGUAUCUGUAUUGUAUGAUUUAUGUAUUGUCCUUUUGUGUUGUCAAUGUUAAAUGUCUUAUCAUCCCAUAUUUCCAAUAUUCCUAUACAUUUCCAAUACAUUCAUUCAUCUGUCAUUUUCAUUUUCAUAUUAAUUAACCAUGGUGACGGGCCUCAAACAUAUUUGACUUUCCCGCACUCCUACGUCACGCAUGCGCACUUCAGUAAAUAGAAAUACAUGGUAGUUGAAGCCAUUUUUCUUCUCUUGUCUUACGACAAAUUCUUAGUGCCGCUUUGCGUGCCUUUACAGAUCAACAAACAUACUAGAACUUCCGCACGUGUGGACAACUAGAUUGACUAUUCAAGAAUAGUAUACCUGUUAUACUCACCCUGUCGUCGGCAUCAGCGUCACACAUGGGGUUAAAGUUUUGCAUGUUUUGAAAAUGGCAAAACAACUCAUUAUUUUGAUGCCAACUUAGUAGAGCCUAUAAAAGGAACAAGAACAGAUAUGUACAAAUACAGAUAGCUAGGACAUUACUACUGAAUACAGAAGAGAAUUUGCAGAUUAUCGAUAUUCCUUGUGAACGCAUUACCAAUAUAAAUCUUUUAAAAAAACUCGAAAUUAAACAUGUAGGAGAUACAUGAGAAGAGAAAUCUUUUAAAAGUUAUUUGAAUGUGGAUGUAUCAAGGAUUUGUCCAAACUGACAUUGAGCAAUAAAUGAAGAAUUCUUAAGAAUCUUGUCACUGCUGUCAUGUGAAGAAACACAUUAGAAUGAGUACAGGAAAAGUACAUACUGGAAUGAAAAGCUUUCAAUGUGAUUUUUGUGACUAUGCUUCUAAUAGAAGCGAUAGUCUGAAAAUACAUAGGAGAAUACAUACUGGAGAGAAAUGCUUUAAAUGUGAUGUUUGUGACUAUGCUUGUAAUGAGAGCAAUAGACUGAGUAAACAUAGGAGAAUACAUACUGGAGAGAAAUGCUUUAAAUGUGAUGUAUGUGACUAUACUUGUUAUAACGGAGGUAGUCUGAAAAUACAUAGGAGAAUACAUAAUAGAGAGAAAUACUUUAAAUGUGAUGUUUGUGACUUUGCUUGUAAUGACGGUAGUAGUCUGAGCAAACAUAAGAGAAUACAUACCGGAGAGAAUGGAGAGAAAUGCUUUAAAUGUGAUGUAUGUGACUUUGCUUGUAAUCUUGGCAGUAGUCUGAAGAGACAUAGGAGAAUACAUUCUGGAGAGAAAUGUUUUAAAUGUGAUGUUUGUGACUAUGCUUGUAAUAAUGGAAGUUAUCUGAAGAGACAUAGGAGAAUACAUACUGGAGAGAAAUGUUAUAAGUGUGGUAUUUGUGACUAUGCUUGUAGUGAAAGCAGUAACCUGAAGAGACAUAGGAGAAUACAUACUGGAGAGAAAUGCUUUAAAUGUGAUUUUUGUGACUAUGCUUGUAAUAAGAGCGGUAGUCUGAAGAGACAUAGGAGAAUACAUACUGGAGAGAAACGCUUUAAAUGUGAUUUUUGUGACUAUGCUUGUAAUGAGAGCGGUAGUCUGAAAACACAUAAGAGAAUACAUACUGGAGAGAAAUGCUUUAAAUGUGAUGUUUGUGACUUCGCUUGUAGUGCUGGCAGUAGUCUGAGAAGACAUAGGAGAAUACAUUCUGGAAAGAAAUGCUUUAAAUGUGAUUUUUGUGACUAUGCUUGUAAUAACGGAAGUUAUCUGAAAAUACAUAAGAGAAUACAUACUGGAGAGAAAUGCUUUAUAUGUGAUGUUUGUGACUUUGCUUAUUAUGACGGCAGUAGUCUGAAGAGACAUAGGAGAAUACAUUCUGGAGAAAAAUUCAUUUAAUCUGAUGUUUGUGACUAUGCUUGUAAUGCCGGCAGUAGUCUGAAGAGACAUUGGAGAAUACAUACUGGAGAGAAAUGCUUCAAAUGUGAUUUUUAUGACUUUGCUUGUAAUAAUGGAAGUUAUCUGAAAAUACAUAGGAGAAUACAUACUUGACAGUCAGGGGUUUAACUGUUUUAAGUUAUGUAACCUAUUUCACUUACUUUCUCGAGCAUUUUAUAACCUGUAUUAGUUAUAAAGUAUAGUUAACUCGGGUAAGUUAUUCAAAAAAGUCUGUUUGCUGUUCUCACAAGGUGACCUUUAAAGUGAAAUUAGUAGAAAACUGUGGUUAAUCAAAUUCUCUUUUAGUCUGAGCAUGACCUGAUAAGCCUAAUUGGGUAUUAAGAGUUUUAUAGCUUUAAAACUUUUGCGUAAAGCUUUAUCAGCCUUGUGUAAAAAAAUUUACUGCAUAGCUUGAAAGAUAAAAGGUCAAGGAUUCAGGAAAUAAUUGCAUUAGUCACAUUCAAAAUGAGGAAUUGGCACAGGAGGAGUUUGAAAGUUUAAGCAAUAACUCAAAUGGUUAUAAACUGCGAUAACUUGAAAUAGUUACACCCCUGACUGCUUGAGAGAAAUGCUUUAAAUGUGAUGUUUGUGACUUUGCUUGUAAUGCAGUAGUCUGAAGAGACAUGAGAGAAUACAUACUGGAGAGAAGCUUUAAACUUGAUGUUCGUGACUGUGCUUGUAAUGCAGUAGUCUGAAGAGACAGGACAGAAUACAUACUGGAGAGAAGCUUUAAACUUGAUGUUCGUGACUAUGCUUGUAAUGACGGCGGUAGUCUUAAGAGACAUGAGAGAAUACAUACUGGAGAGAAGCUUUAAACUUGAUGUUUGUGACUAUGCUUGUAAUGACGGCGGUAGUCUUAAGAGACAUGAGAGAAUACAUACUGGAGAGAAGCUUUAAACUUGAUGUUUGUGACUAUGCUUGUAAUGACGGCGGUAGUCUUAAGAGACAGGACAGAAUACAUACUGGAGAGAAGCUUUAAACUUGAUGUUUGUGACUAUGCUUGUAAUGACGGCGGUAGUCUUAAGAGACAUGAGAGAAUACAUACUGGAGAGAAGCUUUAAACUUGAUGUUUGUGACUUUGCUUGUAAUGCAGUGGUCUUAAGAGACAGGAAAGAAUACAUACUGGAGAGAAGCUUUAAACUUGAUGUUCGUGACUAUGCUUGUAAUGCAGUAGUCUUAAGAGACAGGAGAGAAUACAUACUGGAGAGAAGCUUUAAACUUGAUGUUUGUGACUUUGCUUGUAAUGCGGUAGUCUUAAGAGACAGGAGAGAAUACAUACUGGAGAGAAGCUUUAAACUUGAUGUUCGUGACUUUGCUUGUAAUGCGGUAGUCUUAAGAGACAGGAGAGAAUACAUACUGGAGAGAAGCUUUAAACUUGAUGUUCGUGACUUUGCUUGUAAUGCGGUAGUCUUAAGAGACAGGAGAGAAUACAUACUGGAGAGAAGCUUUAAACUUGAUGUUCGUGACUUUGCUUGUAAUGCGGUAGUCUUAAGAGACAGGAGAGAAUACAUACUGGAGAGAAGCUUUAAACUUGAUGUUCGUGACUUUGCUUGUAAUGCGGUAGUCUUAAGAGACAGGAGAGAAUACAUACUGGAGAGAAGCUUUAAACUUGAUGUUUGUGACUUUGCUUGUAAUGCAGUAGUCUUAAGAGACAGGAGAGAAUACAUACUGGAGAGAAGCUUUAAACUUGAUGUUCGUGACUAUGCUUGUAAUGACGGCGGUAGUCUUAAGAGACAUGAGAGAAUACAUACUGGAGAGAAGCUUUAAACUUGAUGUUUGUGACUAUGCUUGUAAUGACGGCGGUAGUCUUAAGAGACAUGAGAGAAUACCUACUGGAGAGAAGCUUUAAACUUGAUGUUUGUGACUUUGCUUGUAAUGCAGUAGUCUUAAGAGACAGGAGAGAAUACAUACUGGAGAGAAACUUUAAACUUGAUGUUCGUGACUAUGCUUGUAAUGACGGCGGUAGUCUUAAGAGACAUAGGAGAAUACAUACUAGAGAGGAAACAUUAGAUACGGUGUUUGUUAAUUUUUUAAUUAGAGCGGUAAUCUGAAGAUACAUAAGAGAAUACACACUGGAUAGAGAAAUGUUGUAUGUGGUGUUUGUGACUAUGCUUGCAAAGCACUAGUUUGAAGUUAAAUAAGGAAAAACAAACUAGUACUGCGAAGAAAAGCUUGAAAUGUGAAAUAUAUUCUGAAGAAAUAUAGGAGAAUAGAUACUGAAGAGAAAAGCUUUAAACAUGGUGUUUGGGAUUAUGCAUUGAAUUUAAGUUAUCAUCAAGUAACACAUAUGAGAAUACAUGCAGUUGAGAAAUG